AUGGCCGCUUACAAGUUACUAUUACUCGUCGCAAUCGCUGCAACUGGUAUCCAGCUGUCGGUUUGUGAUCAUAAGCCGGAAGUCGCUAAGCAAGUACAUCUAACUGUGAAGCCAAUAAUAAAAAAUAUCGAAUCUAAAUCGCAAGUACCUACGAAGCCAGAAAUCAGAAAUAUUGAAUCUAAAUCGCAAGCACCUACGAAACCAGAAAUCAAAAAUAUCGAAUCUAAAUCGCAAAUAAUUCCGGAACCAGAAAUCAAAAAUAUCGAAUCUAAAUCGCAAACAACUCCGGAGCCAACAAUCCAAAAUGUCGAUACUACAUCGCAAGCACCUACGAAACCAGAAAUCAAAAAUAUCGCAUCUAAAUCGCAAACAACUCCGGAGCCAGAAAUUAAAAAUAUCGAAUCUAAAUCGCAAACAACUCUGGAGCCAGAAAUAAAAAAUAUCGCAUCUAAAUCGCAAACAACUCCGGAGCCAGAAAUUAAAAAUAUCGAAUCUAAAUCGCAAACAACUCUGGAGCCAGAAAUAAAAAAUAUCGCAUCUAAAUCGCAAACAACUCCGGAGCCAGAAAUUAAAAAUAUCGAAUCUAAAUCGCAAACAACUCCGGAGCCAGAAAUCGAAAAUGAAUCGCAAUCAACUGUGAAGCCAGAAAUCAACAAUGUAGAAACUAAAGCACAUGCACUGGAACGAAAAAUAUUCCAAAACAUAGAUGCUAAAUGGUUAGCCAUCGUUUACAAAAAAAAAUCAGUAUUCGAAUGUGACUGCUCAGAGUCCAACAUCGCGAAUGGUUUGGAACACGUAGCUCACGGUAUUUUAAUUUCUCCAAACUCCGUCGCUAUCCCCAUGGUUAAAAAACUGCCGAAAAAAUCUGAUUUAGUGAUUAGGGUGUACGAUAUGAAAUUAAACUCAACAAUAACUAGAUCUACUCCUUACCAACAACGUCAAGUUAUUUUAGUUCAAAGAAGUAAAAGAAAUACCAAAGCAGCACAUUUUGAAUUAUUGGGCUUCAAAGAUCCAAUUGAAAAUGUUGUUUCCCCUAAAAAUUAUGGAAGUAAUUCUGACCAUUGCUACCAAUUAUAUUUAAAUAAAAUUUCAAACGACUAUGUAUUCAGAGCAAUAAAAGUCAGUAAUCAUGCUAGCAGUGCAAGCGAAAUUAAUACCUUGGUACGCCUAACGUAUCAAAAUCACGUUUUCAUGGGUGCAAUUGAAACGGCAGUACCUAGAAAUGCCACCGAAGCAGUACAGAAUUUACCAUUCGGAAGUCCUCUGGUCUGUUACAAUGUCCAACAAUCAACCACUAGUGUGAUUGGUGUCAAUGUGAACCAGGAAGAAUCCGCGCAGUGGAAUACGAUGUACUAUUACAUGCGAGCUAGAGGAGUAUUUACUGUAUAA